AGAUCUGAGUUACAACCCCUUACUACGAAUAGACGAAAACGCAUUCGCUAAUUUCCGGAACCUGGAAUAUCUAUUCCUUGUCGAUGUAUACCUUCCAACUAUAGAACCAGAAAUGGCCCAAAACCUAUCCUCUCUCACAGCUGUGUCUACAUCUGACAGCAGGAUAUGUUGUCUUGUAGGUCAUAAAGAGAACGUAAGCUGCGCCAGAACAUCUCCUCAAAAUCCAUUGGACACGUGCGGCCGACUCUAUCCAAGCCUCCUACUUAGAAUCUUUGGCUGGAUCAUAGGUGUAACUUCUCUGGUUGGAAACAUCAUGGUACUUGCUCUACGAUUUCGUCAGGAGGAGAAAACGAGUGUUCAAACCCUCCUAAUUAUUAAUCUAGCUAUCGCGGACUGUAUUAUGGGCGUCUACAUGCUCAUCAUAACAUCAGCUGAUGUUUUUUUUGGUGAUGCCUUCUUCUUAAGUGCGCCAUGGUGGCGCAAUUCAACUGUCUGCAAAGUGGCCGGCGUUCUGGCGUUCCUGUCAAGUGAACUGUCUGUUCUAACACUAACAUUAAUCACUCUUGACCGAACGAUCUGCAUAGUCUUUCCUUUUGGGAAAAAUCGGUUGAGUAUCAAAGUGACCGGUGUACUUCUGAUCCUGAUGUGGGUGGUUGUUUUUGUUGUUGCUCUUGUGCCGUUUGUGCUCGACUCAGUUCUGUCUGGCGCUUAUGGCCUUUCCGAUGUGUGUCUCGGUUUGCCACUUCACGUAGAUUCGGGAGAAACUGGCAUCCUGCGAUUUCUUAAAGAUUCUGCAGCGGCUGAAGAUUUUGUUGUUGCCUAUGAGACCGUCAGUAGUGACAUUCGUCCCUCAUGGAUAUACUCCGUUAUCAUCUUCAUCGCUAUUAACAUGGUAUUGUACAUGUUUAUGUUGGUUUGCUAUACGUCGAUGUUCAUACAAGUAAAGAAAUCCUCUCGAUCUGUUGGAAACACAGAAAUGAGAGGGAGAGAUAUUAAGGUAGCAAGGAAAAUGGCGUUUAUCGUAGGAACCGAUUUCGCCUGCUGGAUGCCCAUCAUUGUUAUGGGUAUUCUUACCCAAACAGGACUGGUUGUCUUGCCCAGUUCUUUGUACGCUUGGACCGUGAUCUUCAUCUUACCAAUCAACUCCUCCUUAAACCCAGUCCUUUAUACUUUCCUUAAUAUCAAAGAAAAGAAAAAAAAGCCUGAGAAAGGUAAGUCAAAGCUUCAACCCAUCUCAAAGAACCCCAAGAUGACCAUACCUCAAGGAGACCAGGACAGCUCUAGUAAGUCCACAAAGGAUACUUCUGCCUGAAAAAGAAUCUGAAUGAUUUAAGAGCAAUUUGGGGCAAUAAAAACAUAAUGCUCCAUUAAAGUCACGCAAAUUUUUGCGAAUAUCAAACAGAUUUAAAUAUCACGUCGUUGGCAAUAGGGUUUAAGUGAGGAGUUCGUUGAAUGUAAGAUAUUGACCGUGAAACACUUAUUGUCUGAGGAUCGUUGUACAGUCAUUGAGAAUAGGGCAGACUUUAAGCCUCGUAAUCAGAUUUGUAGAUCUGAAAUGUAUAUACUUUCUCGACAUUUGGUUGCAUGAACUUAAUUUGUAAAUGACGAACAUAAUUACAAAUGUUGUAACUGGUUUCUCAUUAUUAAUCAAGCGUGCUGUUGUAGAUAAUACAUCAAUGUAAAAGUGAUUGUGACACACACUGUUUAUUAUUAUUUUAAAAAGCUAUGCAAAACUAUGAUGAUAUUGCCAUAUUCUAUUUAAACCCACGACAGCCACAUCAUCAUUAAAUGCCUUCACCAAUAUACCACAGAACUAACUUUACAUACUAUUUAAAAUAAAUCUUUCUCUGAUGAAGAGCCUUCGCAUUACAUUGUAUAUAAUACAUUCGAAGAAUUUGUAUGACCUGUUACUAAGUAUCGAUUACGAUUACAUGAGUAUGUCUACAACACGAUCUCAAAGGCCCGAAUUCACAAAGCAAGGUUUGAGCUCAGACCAAGG